GGCGGAACUGUUUUUCUGUAGUAGCGUUUCUACACGGAAUAUGAUAACGUAGUUCAAUAGCAAACUGCUCAGAUGUAAAUGUUAAAAUGUAAACACUUUAAAUCAUAAUGUCGAGUUUUGUAGAUGGACUGCAAAAUGUCUAGGGAAGCGUAUGAUGAAAUGUCCGUUUUAUCCGCCAUAUACUGCGAACAGGACGAAUUUGAGCUGUUAGAAGAGUCACCUGAGAGGGGAAUCGUCUACCGCAUACACACACUGAUUGAAAGAAACAAUGAGAAGACGCCACUAGCCCUUACGUUCCACAUCUGUCCUGACUACCCUCACACCCCUCCAGAUGUCAGCUUCACUUCCAGCCACUUAUCAAGAAAACAGUGUCAAGACCUGAGGCUGCAUUUACUGGAAACAGCACGAUCACUUCCACCAGAGCCCAUGGUCCAUGACUUAAUGCUGUGGCUUCAGGAAAACUUUUCCGAUUUGAUCAAAACAUCAUGCUGCGAUUCAGCAGAGAUCAGACCAGAAUCCACAGAAGAAACCUGGACCGCUUUACUACAUUUAGAUCACAUGAGGUCCAAAGCAAAAUACAUAAAACUGAUCGAAAAAUGGGCUUCAGAGCUGUGUCUCACUGGGAGACUCUUUACGGGGAAGCCGAUAUUGAUUCUUCUGCAAGGAAGAAAGGAAAAUAUUAAAGAAUACAUCCACCUUCAGAAGACAGUUAAAGUUGAUGUUGAUUCUUCAGGGAAACGCUGUAAGGAAAAGAUGAUGAGUGUCUUGUGUGAGAUUCCACAGCCAGAGAAGAUAAUGAUGUCUACAUUUGAAGUAAAAGACAUUUUAUCACUUGACGACCUCAAAAGGGAGUUUGAUCUUAUUGGACUGACUGAGCUUUAUAAGCAGUUUGUGUCCUCCCUCAUCUGACAGGAAGCUGCUGUUUAACACUCUCUCUCUCCACUCGGUGGAGCCAGACUCAAUUACUGUCUACAGCUCUUUGAUGGAAUCCCAUCAUAAAAGCAUCAUGCAGUUUUCUUCAGGAGCAUACAAUGUAAAAUAUGCUGUCUUGUAUUCUCAGCUGAACUGUUACAUAUGACAUGUCUCCUCAUAGAGUUGGACAGGUGAAAAUGUUCACAUCAACAACAUCAAAAUAAAAUGCAAAAAUUA